GAGGUUGUGCAACAUAUUAUGUGAGGAGAGAUGUAACGGAAAGCAGAUCAGCAUCAUCGCUAUCGCAUCGUUCCGUUAUCGAUGGUGGUGGUCGAAAUCAGUCGAAACCAAAGCGACCAAAGACCGAAGAGUGUUUGUGAAUGUGAUAAGACGUGAUGGCGUUGGUUGAAAGGCAACGAACUACGUCUCGGCAAGAACAACGCAAAUGAGGAUAUGACUCAUUUGCUAUUUAAGAAAUGUAUCUGCCGGUAGGCAAGAGCAGCAGCCGCUCACUGCGAUGCAAGGCCUAAUGAACCUGCUGAGACGUCAGUGGCCCGUACUACAGUGUGAGGCAUGAAUAGUGCGAGAGACUCGAUUCUUCGUAGUGAUGAUGAAGAGGAUCUUGUGUUUGACCAGACUGGGUUGCUCACGAACAAGGUGUCUUCGAGACGGAGGGGCUUGUCCAGAACAUUCAUAGUGAACUCCGGCGGCCGGAUUACAGUUGCUCGUACCGUCAACCUGUGCUUGUCAUUUAUCGGAUUGGGUCUCUGUUUUGCAAUUCCUGCUGCAACUCUCGAAGACCUCAAACAUAGCACCAAUACCGACAGCAGUAGUAUUGAACACAUAUUCACCGCUCGAUAUGGAGGCUACAUUCUUGGCUGCCUCAUUGGCGGCUUCCUCUUCGACUGCUACAACAGGCAGUUCCUGCUGUUCCUCAGCCUGCUUGCCACUUCUGUUGGGAUCAUUGUCAUGCCUUUCUGCACAGAACUGGCAACGCUUAUGGUGUGCACAGCAGUUACUGGGCUCACCAUGGGGUUCCUUGACACAGGUGGCAACGUCUGGUGUCUGGACAUGUGGGGCCGCCAGAGCGCCCCCAUCAUGCAAGCCCUCCACUUCUGCUUUGGUCUCGGUGCCCUCGUAGCACCCCUCGUCGCAGAGCCCUUCCUCUCGUCCGGGUCUCCCCCCGGAAGCUUCCUGUCUGACAAUGCCUCCCAUCCGUUCUAUGUGUCGAGGGCGCAUCCCGUCGGACUCCACCGACCCGUCGGGCUCGACCACAUUGCGUCGUUCUCCAAUAUUACCCACCUAAUUAGCACUCCGCCGGGCAACGAGACGAGGAGGUACAAACGAGAAGAGGCGAAUGACACAGCGUUUGACUUCAAUGUCACAGCACUGCAAGAGGACGCAGAGAACAACAACACGCUCUCUCAGAGCUCGACUAUUCUCUCGAGAAAUGAGAGCGAAGUGCUUGCUACUCCGACAGUUGCGACUCUGGCUAAUGUGACCGCUCUAAAGAAACCGACCAAGCCAAAGUACACAGAAGUGGAGCAUCAAAAGGGAAAAUGGGACAGAGAGUCCAAGAAACAGUCCGUUCAGACCUCCACUGUGAGCCCAAAGAAACACGCAGCUGGCGAUAACGCAUCGUCGACGGCAAAGAACUUAACCCUAACUCUACAGCCGAACGGGACAGUGCCGAGCUCGACUGCGAAUGCUACACAAACUACACUCCCUCCUAACAUCAAAGCGACUUCCAAGUCGCCUGUACACACUUCGCCCGCUGCAAACACAACUUCGCUGAAGGUCGUCAAUUCGUCGCAACUUUCGCCGCCGUCGUCACCAUCCCCUUCGCUGGCCAAAGUACCGGGUACCUCCGAAGUUGAGGGCGAAGCUGAAGCUACUGUGCCGUCAAUAACAUUUUCUUCUACACCGUCUGCUCCCACAUCACCAGUCUCUACGCUCGAAAAUAUUGAACCUCAUGUAACUUUGCAGUGGGAGGUGGUCACAAGAACAGAAGAAACAAUAGAGACGUUGAAAUCUGUAGCUCCACAAACAGACUUUCCUAUUUUUUAUAUGACAAUGUCGUCUCCAACAGCACUUCCAUCAUCGCAAAGCACAACUCCUGCACAGCAGGUGCAGACACUGAGCGUAUAUCACACAACGCAUCAGGAACAGAAAAUAUCGACAGCUGGACGUGCAGCAACGUCGCCACCGCAUUCCACGCAGCUCCCUGCAGGGAAUCCCGCCUUCACCGUAAUUCACCACAUUCCCCCAACAAAGGUUACGGAGUGGCUCUCGUCUCCAAGUACCCCACCGGUUAACCUCACGGCACCGGUGAACGUCACCGAAGACCCUGCGGACACGGGGCAGAGGUUGUGGUUCGCGCACUACCAGCUCGGACAGUUCGAAAUCGCGUACGUUAUAUUGGGAGUGUACUUGUUCCUAGUGGCAGCUGUCUUCCUGGCGUUCCUCUGCGCAAACCCGCGCGAAUCCAAGUCUCGGCAGGACGAGGACCUGAUCAAGUCGCGCCGUCCUGGUUCCCACAAGGGCUUGGUCCUGCUCACUGCACUGUUCUUUUUCUUCUACAUGGCCAUGGUGGCAGACAUCGAGGAACUGCUACAGGGUCUCUCGAUGGGCAGCAUGCCGACUGGCUUCCCGAGGGAAUAUUUCUUGAACUACAUUUUCUGGGGCAGCUUUGCAGUCGCCCGUGGUCUGUCAAUUGCUGUCGCCACGAAAUUGUCGUGCCGCUGGAUGCUGCUCGGAGAUUUGUCCAUAUGUCUACUGGCGUCCGUCCUUCUGGUCACCACGGCAGACAAGAUGGGUCCCCUGUUGUGGUCGGGAGUGGGCAUCUUGGGUUUCGGUAUGGCCUCUAUUUUGCCUAGCACCCUGGUUUGGUUAGAGAGACAUAUUAGAGUUACAAACCGCACGGCUUCAGUCCUCCUGUUAAGUGCCGCAUUCGGUGAGAUGAUUCUGUCUGUCUUAGCGAGCCGUCUGGCACAGCACGAGCCGGCUGUAUUGAUGUACGUUAAUGUUAGUGUUGCUAUACUGUGCUGUCUCAAUUUCGGCUCCCUGUGGUAUGCGGCAUCGAAGCGCGGAGAGAAGUACGCGUGUGAGCCGGAUCGUUCGCUGUACCAGUUAGCGAGUUUUGACGACGACGAUGUUGUGGAACUGAAUGGCUCUCAGCCUUUGUGGGGAAAUGGGGUAGGGGGUUCGUUUGCACUUAAACGCAAAACGAACGGGGUAGUGUAAACUCGGUGCUGCUCAGUGGAGUACCUUGGGCAGCUAGUGCUAGUCAUAAUUGAUGGGUACAAUUUUUUUUGUGACUGUUGGUGUAGACUGCAACCACAGAUUUUCUGUAAAUAAUUCUAGUGCAAUGUUCACUGUUCAGUUGUAGCAGUUCAUGUGACAUCGGCCUGUCGUUACUUAAAAACGAAUCUCCCAGUUUUUUUGUUUUUUGGGGGGGGAAUGAGUGUUGUAGCCCCCUUGCUGUGGAUUGUUUUUGCACCCUCUUUUGUGUCAGCUGGGGUGUACUGAACUAUCUUGCUUCUGUCUCUAUGGGUUGUGUACUUGAAAGGGAUUUAUUUAGAACAAUAAAUUAUCGAGUGAAUUUGCA